UCUGCCUCGGCUCUUCUCAUUGCUUGCUCCUCUCCUUCACGCAGACACCCGGACCUCCCCUGGGCGCCAGCUCCAGGGCUCCAACGGGUCCAGAGACAAGCCGGGUUUAUUUUUCCUUUCUGGAAAUUGGCUUUGGUGUGUGCUUCCCUCCCACGCACCUCCCCCCCCUCUUUUCCUCCCUCCUUUGAGACAUGGCUCGGGCAGUGGCUCCUGGAAGAGGAACAAGUGUGGGAAAAGAGAGAGGAAACCGAAGCUAAAUGACAGGAUGCAGGAGACUUGAGACACAAGAAGAGAAGCGUAGCUCUCGGAAGAAGUCACUGCCUCACUGCUUUUCUUUCUCCAAGAGGGACUGAGGAUUUUACAGCUCUGGGCGGAUUUGAGAGCUUUGGAUUGUUUAGAUUCCCCCUUUUGCUCUGUUUUCCCCGCCCGUCCUUGUUCUCUCGAACCUGCUUGGGGAUCCGUCGUAGGGAGAAUGGAGAGGAGGCUGCUGCUCUUUGGCGCCGCGCUCACCCUCGCCCUCGCCCAGGCCAGCGCUUUUCGCAACGAUAAAUGUGGCAAUACUAUAAAAAUUGAAAACCCCGGGUACCUUACAUCUCCUGGUUAUCCUCAUUCUUAUCACCCAAGUGAAAAAUGUGAAUGGUUGAUUCAGGCUCCAGAACCAUACCAGAGAAUUAUGAUCAACUUCAACCCUCACUUUGAUUUGGAGGACCGAGACUGCAAGUAUGACUAUGUGGAAGUCAUUGAUGGAGAAAAUGAAGAUGGACGUUUAUGGGGAAAGUUCUGUGGAAAGAUUGCCCCUUCUCCUAUAGUGUCUUCAGGGCCAUUUCUUUUCAUCAAAUUUGUCUCUGACUAUGAGACACAUGGUGCAGGAUUUUCCAUACGUUAUGAAAUUUUCAAGAGAGGUCCUGAGUGUUCCCAGAACUACACAAGCCCUAGUGGAGUGAUAAAAUCCCCUGGAUUCCCUGAAAAAUAUCCCAAUAGCCUUGAAUGCACUUAUAUUAUCUUUGCACCAAAGAUGUCAGAGAUUAUCCUGGAAUUUGAAAGCUUUGACCUAGAGCCUGACUCAAAUUCUCCUGGGGGCAUGUUCUGUCGCUAUGACCGGCUAGAAAUCUGGGAUGGAUUCCCUGAUGUUGGCCCUCACAUUGGACGUUACUGUGGACAGAAAACACCAGGUCGAGUUCGUUCUUCAUCUGGCAUUCUAUCGAUGGUUUUUUAUACUGACAGUGCGAUAGCAAAAGAAGGCUUCUCAGCAAACUACAGCGUCCUGCAGAGCAGCCUCUCUGAAGAUUUCAAAUGUAUGGAAGCUCUGGGCAUGGAAUCGGGAGAGAUUCAUUCUGACCAAAUCACAGCUUCUUCCCAGUAUAGCACCAACUGGUCUUCAGAACGCUCCCGCCUGAAUUACCCUGAGAAUGGAUGGACUCCUGGAGAAGAUUCCUACAGAGAGUGGAUACAGGUGGACUUGGGCCUUCUGCGCUUUGUCACUGCUGUUGGGACACAGGGAGCUAUUUCAAAGGAAACCAAGAAGAAAUACUACGUCAAGACUUACAGAAUAGACAUUAGCUCCAAUGGGGAAGACUGGAUCACCAUAAAAGGAGGAAACAAGCCUGUUGUAAGUUUGGCUGCCAUCCCUUCAACCAAUUUAGUCUUUGAAAUGGACGAUCAAUUUUACUUGUUUGGGAGCUUUCAGUCUGAUUAUCCUUGUUCUGGAAUGUUGGGCAUGGUGUCUGGUCUUAUUUCUGACUCCCAGAUUACAGCCUCAAACCAAGGGGACAGGAACUGGAUGCCUGAAAACAUUCGCCUUGUGACUAGUCGCUCUGGCUGGGUACUGCCACCCGCACCUCAUCCAUACAUAAAUGAGUGGCUCCAAGUGGACUUAGGGGAGGAGAAGAUUGUGAGGGGCAUCAUCAUUCAGGGGGGAAAGCACCGGGAGAACAAAGUGUCCAUGAGGAAGUUCAAGAUUGGGUACAGCAACAAUGGCUCAGACUGGAAAAUGAUCAUGGAUGACAGCAAACGCAAGGCUAAGUCAUUUGAAGGCAACAGCAAUUAUGAUACGCCUGAGCUACGAACUUUUCAACCUCUUUCCACACGAUUCAUCAGGAUCUACCCUGAGAGAGCCACUCAUGGUGGACUAGGGCUAAGAAUGGAGCUACUGGGCUGUGAAGUGGAAGCACCUACAGCUGGACCAACCACUCCCAAUGGGAACCUGGUGGAUGAAUGUGAUGAUGACCAGGCCAACUGCCACAGUGGAACAGGUGAUGACUUCCAGCUCACAGGUGGUACCACUGUGCUGACCACAGAAAAGCCAACCAUAAUAGACAGCACCAUACAAUCAGAGUUUUCAACAUAUGGUUUUAACUGUGAAUUUGGCUGGGGUUCUCAUAAGACAUUCUGUCACUGGGAACAUGACAAUCACGUGCAACUCAAAUGGAGUGUGCUGACCAGCAAAACGGGACCGAUCCAGGAUCACACAGGAGAUGGCAACUUCAUCUACUCCCAAGCUGACGAAAAUCAGAAAGGCAAAGUGGCUCGUCUGGUGAGCCCUGUGGUUUAUUCCCAGAACUCAGCCCACUGUAUGACCUUCUGGUAUCACAUGUCUGGUUCCCAUGUGGGCACACUAAGGGUCAAGCUGCGCUACCAGAAACCAGAAGAGUAUGACCAGCUGGUCUGGAGGGCCAUUGGACACCAAGGAGACCACUGGCAGGAAGGGCGGGUCCUGCUCCGCAAGUCUCUGAAACUUUACCAGGUGAUUUUUGAGGGUGAAAUUGGCAAAGGAAACCUUGGUGGGAUUGCAGUGGAUGACAUUAGUAUUAAUAACCACAUUUCACAAGAGGAUUGUGCAAGACCAGCAGACCUGGAUACAAAGAACCCAGAAAAUAAAAUUGAUGAAACAGGGAGCACCCCAGGAUACGAGGGCCUGGGAGAAGGUGAUGAGAACAUCUCCAAGAAGCCGGGCAAUGUGCUGAAGACCUUGGACCCCAUCCUAAUCACCAUCAUAGCCAUGAGCGCCCUGGGUGUCCUCCUGGGUGCUGUCUGUGGGGUCGUGCUGUACUGUGCUUGUUGGCAUAAUGGGAUGUCAGAGAACUAUAGUUCUGCCCUGGAGAACUAUAACUUCGAACUUGUGGAUGGUGUGAAGUUGAAAAAAGACAAACUGAACACACAGAGUACUUAUUCAGAGGCAUGAAGGCAGACAGAUGAAAAUACAGUUGGAGAAUUGAGGUGAAGGACAUAACUUGAGUGUAUUGAUCUUUCACUGUACAGGCUGGGAAAUGCGUCGAUGACGCUGAGCCAGGCUUUUCUCAGGAGUUUCAAUGAGUAUGGCCGACAGACAUGAACAAGUUAGCUGUAUUAACAAUCGGAAUCAUGUACAGUCAGCUUUUUUCUGUUGGUUUAAUUUGAAUAAUCAAAUGCUGGUGUUGAGACCAAGUAUGAUUGACUUAAUGAUUCAUUUUGAUUCUCCUUUCCCCUCUCUCCUCUUCUUUUAAUGGAUACUUUUCUGAAACUGUGCAAAAUCCAAGAUACUGGUGCCAAGUGUAUUCCCUGGGGCCCUUUUGACGGACAUGCUACCUGUAGCCCAUGCCCACAGUAUAUUAGAAUAUCUGCAUUUCAGUGGACUCCUGAAGCUGUACCUGUGUAUAAUCGCCCACAUUGUGCAUAGGCAAAGAAGGAUUAGGGUUUUACUUUAAAGUACUAUAGCUUCAGUACCAGUAUAGUAUGUGAACUCUGUUUAUGAAGCAAUAUCGUCAAAUUUCCUUUUGUUUCCAGUGUUGUACUAAACCUCGUGCUUGUGAACUCCAUACAGAAAACUGCCAUCACCAGACACUGCUGGCAACUGGGCGUGCUGCUGACAGCCACAAGGGAAAUCCACGGCACUGGCUAGUCCAUGUCCUCUCAAGUGCCUUUUUGUUUGUACUGGUUCACAUUAUGUUCUAUUACGACCUGCUCUGUUUUUGGUGGUGAAAGCCCAACUUGAAUCAAACCCUGGUGACCCACUGACUAAAAAGAAAGUAUAUUUUAGUGUAAGAUGUCAGCCCUUUUCCCCACCCCUCCCCCAUUUCCACCCCCCAUCCCCUCCCCCGGAAAGCAAGGGCUGGGAAGAUUUGGCAACGUGGCUUAAUUCUUCUGUUUUUUCUGCAGUUCAAUUUUGUGUCUCUUGAUCUUUUGUAUAAAGCUGCAAUAUUCUCUCCUAUCGUUCUUUCAUAUGGAAUGUAUUUUCAAAUGUAAACUCUUUCUCUCCUAUCUCUCUGUCUUUUCUCUCUUAAAUUUAAGCAUUUGCCAUUGUCCAGAAAAGAAACUUGCAGCUUUAACCUGCUGGUAAUGGCAAAGAAUUUUACUAGAAUUUAUGCUUAAAAAAUAAGUAAGUAAAUAAGUAAGUAAAUAAAUAAAUAAGGGAAAUUCCUAACUCUGUCCUCCAAAGUCUAACUUUGGUUUUCUUGUUAACUGGUUAAAGUGACAGUAUCUUUUUUCCUUAAGCCAUUUGUCUAUUCCAAUCAAAAUAAUCUUUGAUAGAAAUGUUUGCAUUUAAUAGAAAUAAUGAUAAAUUGAGAGAAGAAAUGAUAUUAAUUGGUUUUCAAGUGAGACCCAAAGGAAGGACUGGAUACAAUUCUUCAACUAUCCAAAACCAUGUGGUUUUUACAUCCAAAUAUGCAAAACUUAUCCAUGAAAACCUUCCUUUUUGGGUAUUGGAUAAGACAAGGAAAGUGAAGAAAGAAGAGUUAAUUUAAGAAAGUGUCUAGAAAUCCUGAUACCUGGUGGUGAAGUAUUUUCAGAUAAGAAGGGGGAUAAAAAAUGAAUAAAGUCAAAACAACUGUUUUUAAAAAUCCCUUCAGCAGUAACCCAGAGAAAACAGAGACUUGAAUGAAUGCUUUAAAAACUUUCAAUUGCCCACAAAGAAAAAGCCUGCCUUCGGACUGGUAAGACCUAAGCUUCUAACAGCUCAAAGAAGCAAAUAUCUUAUCAAGCAGCAUAUGAAUUAAUCCAAAGAAGCUUUGGUUGUUUUCACUCUAUUUGUGGUCAUGGCUCAUUGUACAUAGAUAGAACUUUGAGACCUUCCUCCCUUUCUGCAUUGCUACAGGGCUCACUCAGAAAUAUUUGUGGGAAUCACAUUUGUAUCAUGGAGGAGACAGUCCAUUCAUCUUGGCUUAAUUGGAUUGAAAAUGCAUUUUGUUUCCAGGAAAGUAUUGAUCACUAUGAAAGAAGAAUAGAUUUUUGUCCCCAGAGGCAUUCAUUCAGUUGUUUUAAUCAUACCAGGACAAAAGCACUAAGACUUAAUUUUUUUUAAGGCAAUGAAUUUAAAGUUGUCCUCAGCCAAGGAAAAAUGAUACUGAGACUUUAAAUUUUAAAGUAUCUUGCACUGAUAAAUAUAUUUAAAAAUAUAUGUUUAUAGAGUUAUUAAUUUGUAAAGUCAGUGUUACAAAAUGUCCAGUUUAUAUUGUUUUAGGUUGUUUCGUAAUUUUUAAAGGUGUAAAAUAACAUAUUUUUUCUUUAUUGAAAUCUAUAAAACCUCCUGUAGUAAAAUGUUUUCAUUUUACUGGUAUAUUACUGCUUCGUGUUUUGUACCAUCAUAAAAUUUUGUGCAAGUUUUUUUUACAGAAAUUUUUAUUUUCUAUGACAGUAUGACACUUGUAAAAAUUGUUGUUUCAAAAUGAACAGCGAAGCCUUAACUUUAACUGACAUUUGUAUUCUCAGACACUGAGUGGUAAAAAACUGCAUAGAACUGAAAUGUAACUUAAAUUCCAAACUAUGACUACUACAUUCCAAAGAAACAGUUGAAUUAAACAUUUUCAUAAAAUAUCUCAAA